AUGACCAAAACUUACAACAUUGCAUCGAUUCCUGCCGACGGUAUCGGGCCGGAGGUAGUGAGCGCUGGAAUUACGGUGCUCCAGGCCCUCAGCGAGAAGCUUCAAACUUUUAAUCUUGAGUUUAAACAUUACGACUGGAGCUCGGAAACCUACAAACGCACCGGAAAAUACAUUCCUGAUGGCGGAUUGGAAGAGCUCAAGCAGAGCGACUCCAUACUGUUUGGUGCAGUCGGGGCUGAGGACGUCCCAGAUCAUAUCAGUUUGUGGGGACUCCGCCUUGCCAUCUGUCAGCCUUUCCAGCAAUAUGCAAACGUGCGUCCAACGAAAAUUUUCCGGGGUACGCAGUCCCCGCUCCGCAAUUGCGACUCUGGGGAUCUCGAUUGGGUAAUUGUCCGUGAGAACAGUGAGGGAGAGUAUGCAGGCCAAGGAGGUCGUUCACACCGCGGAUUCCCUUGGGAGGUGGCCACGGAGACGGCCAUCUUCUCGCGAAAUGGUGUGGAGCGGAUUAUGCGAUUCGCCUUUGAGACAGCGCAAAAGCGACCAAGAAAGCUGCUUACUGUUGUGACAAAGAGUAAUGCGCAGCGGAAUGGAAUGGUGCUUUGGGAUGAAGUGGCUCAGGAUGUUGCCAAGGAAUUCCCGGAUGUGACGGUGGACAAGAUGUUGGUAGACGCGAUGACUACAAGGAUGGUCUUGAAGCCCCAAUCAAUUGACACCAUCGUUGCCUCUAAUUUGCACGCCGAUAUUCUGUCCGAUCUCGCAGCUGCUCUGGCUGGGUCGAUUGGUAUCGCGCCGACCUCUAACCUCGAUCCCACCCGACAGCACCCAAGCAUGUUCGAGCCUAUCCACGGGUCCGCAUUCGACAUCGCGGGCAAAGGCGUAGCUAAUCCAGUGGCAACUUUUUGGACGGCGGCCGAGACGCUGGAAUGGUUGGGUGAGGGAGCGGCAGCCAAGAAAUUGUUAUAUUGCGUUGAAAAUGUCUGCGAGCGGGGCAUUUUGACGGGCGACUUAGGAGGGAAAGCGACAACGAAAGAAGUGACGGAUGCCGUGGUGGAGGAGAUCCGGCGCCUUUCUUAG